GUUUCUCUGAUUAGAAACUCGUCGAUGAGGCACUGUCAUCUUUUAUCUAUUCUUUCUUCCUGUUGUGUGUGUAGAGUGUCACAAGAAAUGAUCUUGUUUUAGUUGAUAAUAAGAGUGAUUCAGUCAGUGUCCUCUUCUGCUAAUGGAUUAUAUUCUCAACUAUUCGUUUGUUUCCGUUUGAAGGUUCUAGGAUAAGGGAAAAUGUUCACAAUAAAAUCAUGUACAUAUUGGGCGAUAUUCAUCUUGAGCCAGAUCUACUUCGCAGACUCGUACCGGCUGUACAUAGAAAGAACCUCAAAGAGAUGCGCGUAUGGAGAACGAGGAUCACUGACAGCUACAUGCGAAAAUAUAGACACGCCAUCUUUUUUCAAGAGCACGCCGUAUAGGUUCGACCACCUGGACGAAACCCUCCAAUGCCUGAACUGCUCCCUCAGGAGCAUCGAACCCAACUCCUUCGACAUCUCCGGGAACCAAAUCAAGCACCUCAUCCUGAGAAACAGCGGCAUCGGGGAGCUGCACCAGAGGGCCUUCGUCGGGCUGGUGUUCGUCUUGGACGUGGACCUGUCCAGCAACAGCAUCAGGAUGAUCAGUUCGGGAACAUUCGCCGGGAUUAAGAAGAUAGAAUCGAUCAAUCUCAAGAACAACUCGUUGGCGUUACUCUCGAACGACGGUUUUGGUGAAUUGGCGAAUUUGGUCACCCUUACCCUGAGCCAGAACAAAAUCGGGGAUAUCGAGCCUUUCGCCUUCCGCGGACUGAAAAGUAUUAAAUAUCUGAAACUCGACAGCAAUCGAAUCAACAACAUAUCCGUCGUUUUCCAAAACUUGACAACGCUGGAACAUUUAGAUCUUUCAGAUAACCGCAUCAGCGCCUUGAAAGGUAGCGAAUUCACCAACCUCACUUCGCUGUUGGAGCUGAGACUGGACAAGAACAAGAUUAAAUCCAUCCCAUCCUUGGAGUUCUUCGGAAUGCUUCAGUUGGAACUCUUGGGACUGUCCUCCAACUUGUUGUCAAGUUAUGAGUCUCAAGCGUUCGACGGUUUGACCAUGCUGGAGACGCUGGAUUUGGGCAACAAUCAACUGACCAGUAUUCGAGAAAAAUCCUUCACCAGUCUACACGGCCUAGUCAACCUGAAUCUGACAGGUAAUCGUUUCACAGUGUUCCAAGUGAGGAGAUUCGCAGGUCUGCCAAAACUGAGGAUUCUAGAUUUGUCCAACAAUAAGAUAGAAGACAUCGACGUGUCCGGCAUCUUCCCUCUACACGACCUGCACACUCUGGACCUAUCAAGAAACAACCUGACUGAUCUUGACUACGUGAGUCUUCUCCAUAGAAUGCCCAGAGUUUCGUACCUGUCCCUACAGGGUAACGACUGGCGUUGCGACUUAGAAUCGGAUAUGGAGAAGUACUUCAACGGGGAGAAUUUCAAAUUCCAACUUUUCGACAAGAAGAACGGAAGCGUCAAAUGCAAUGACAGCAUCCCGAAGAAGAAUCACGUGUUCCAGGCGCUAUCUGUUGGGGAAAGCUCAGUGGUGGCAGAACAAAGCGCGGCUACUUCUCAGCUACCGGUUAUUUUCGGUUUGAUCUUCUUAGCUUUCGCCGUGAUACUGCUCAGUUACGGCCAGUACCAGAUCUCGAGGGAGCUGCGCUUCAACCCUUUGCUCAGGAGGAGGAGGACUCAAUCUGAAGUCAAGCUGUUUCAGUCGGAAAUUCGCGAUGACGACAGUGAUUUUCCUAAGUAAUGAUUAAUCUAUUUAUUCGUGAUAUUUUUCAAUCCAUUGUGAGAUUUGUUUAUUCGAUUGAGUGUAUUUUUGAUUAGAAGUAUUAUAUUCUA